GGAGGUAAUCCCCCACCAUGUGAGUGGGCGGUGAUGACUCAAACGGUGCCGGCCCUAUAAAAGGAGGGAGCGCACACGUCGGGAGAGUUCCUUACCCAAUGUGUCGAGGCGACUGACGACCGGCUCGGAUCUCCUGUGCCGUCCCGUCCCGUCGGUUUCUCUGGCCGCACGAUGCACGACUCCGGCGGGGUGCAACUGACGCGCGCUCUGAAGCUCGCCGCUCUCUUCCUGCUGCUGGUGCCUCGCUUCCUGGCCGCGGCCGUAACGCUGUGGCUCCUGGACUUCCUGUGCAUCCGACGCAAAGUGCUGCUCCAGAUGGGCGCGCGGCCGCACAGCGCCGACGACCCGCCGCUGUGCGUGUCCGACUCCAACCGCAUGUUCACGCUGGAGUCCUUGCGGGCCGUGUGGUACGGCCAGAAGCUGGACCUGCUCAAAUCGGCGCGGCUGGGACGCGCGGCGCCCAACACGGAGGUGGUGCUGGUGCCCGAGCGGCGCCCGCUGCGCAUCCUGGACUGCAUGCGCGGCACGCGGCCGCUGGUGCUCAACUUCGGCAGCUGCUCCUGACCGCCCUUCAUGACGCGCCUGGCCGCCUUCCAGCGCGUCGUCAGCCAAUACGCCGACAUCGCCGACUUCGUGGUGGUGUACAUCGAGGAGGCGCACCCGGCCGACGGCUGGGUGAGCUCGGACGCCCCCUACCAGAUUCUCAAGCACCGCUGCCUGGAGGACCGGCUGAGCGCAGCGCGCCUGAUGCUGGCACAGGUGCCCGGCAGCAGCGUGGUGGUGGACAACAUGGACAACUCGUCCAAUGCCGCCUACGGAGCCUACUUCGAGAGACUCUACAUCGUGCACGACCAAAGGGUGGUCUACCAGGGGGCCCGGGGGCCGGAGGGCUACCGGAUCUCAGAGCUCAGGAAGUGGCUGGAACAGUACCGGAGGGACAUGAGCGCGUGUCCGCUACUGCAAGCGUAACCCAGGAGCAGCCUUUAAAAAAAAACAAAAACAAACAAACAACAAAAACGGUGUUUACCUGCACACUUGGAGUGUUUUUCAUGCGUUACGUAGGUGAUGACUCCUCAAAAUCAGGGGUUCUCCGACUUUUGGGGUACAGGGCCCCUCCCACAAAAAAAACUACACUUUGAAAACUGCUGGUUCAAAAAUAACUUAAUUUGGGUCCAAAAAAAUAUAUGUAACACAAUUUCUGAAGUCAAGUCAUACAAAAAUGUUAUGUACAAAACAACCAAAAAAGUUUGCUCAAAGUGACACAAGUAGUGGCAAUUUUUUUUUAACCAAAAUGAGGUUAUUUUUGACACAGCAGUGUUAGGAGUGAAUAAAAACGUUGCCCAUUUUGGGAACAAAAAUCAAAAAUCCCCUCCCCCCCUUUUUUUUGGUUUUGUUGAGAGACAAAAACAGUUACAGUGUUACGAGAAUGAAAUUGUGUUUGUCCAAGAUGUGAUCGUACUAAAGUCAAAGCUGAACAAGUGAAGAAAGUCAUAUUGUAACAAAAUUCUCAUGUCAUCUAAACAAGACCAGUCAUGGUCAUCUUGGUUUUUUUUCCCCUCAUGAUAGUCACACAGCUUAUUCACAGUCACAUUUUUAACAUUCCCAAGUACAACACAAUGUUAUUCUCGAAAUAAUACUCACUCUUAAAAAAUAUGAACAACUAUUAUUUUGUUCUUGAAAAAUACGACUAUUUCUGGAACAAUGCACUCUUUUAUUUUACACUUACAACAAUAAAUGGCCAUUUUCAUGUAGGGAUGUCAGAUUCAAAGUGUUAUGUUGUUUCAAAGUGCUGAGCUUUUAAUUAGCACAAAGCCUGGUUAGGGAGGAGGAACUGGUUUCUUAUGUGUUGUUGUUGUUUUUUUUUUUUGGCACUACUGUCCUUUCAUAAAGCGUGUUAUUUUUAUUUUUUUUUGUUUCAAACACAUCCGAUUGCUAAUUAAUUGGCAGCCACUACAAGCUUACAGAUCACCGGGGGUCCGGGGACCCCAGUUUGAGAACCACUAAUCUCGAUGACGAUUUUAUAUUGAUGUUGGGUUCCGGGUGGCACGCUGGGGUGUCUGCGUGAAGUUCAGUUCUCCAACGGCCCGGCCACAGAACUGACACUGAUGUUUGUGACACCUCGGUGGGGUUGGUGGGUGGCUGUCCCUAAUGGGCGCCGAGAUGACAGACGAAACGAGGGAGGGGUAACGAUGAUGACGUGACGUCAUGCUGUGUAAUUGAACACACUUUUUUUUUUGUAUAAAAUAAACGAGGGACACUCAACCUUUUUUGAGCGACGGCAUCAUGAUGCCGUUUUUUCUUGUUUCUUACUUUGUGUGUGUCAAAUUGAGGUUAGGGAAGAGAGGUGUGUGGGUGUGUGUGACAUGAAAUAAAGGGAACAAGUGUAUAAAUGUACUGCAAUGUCAUAUAUUCAACUCCCCGUUUUUGUACGGGUCAAACUGACCCAUUUUAACAAUAAAGUUAAUUCCCCGCGUAGUCA